AUGUCGUUUUCCGCCGUCGUCGCGUUCCUCCUUAUCGCGUUUCCGCUCGCUUCCGCGUACGACGAGUACCGGAGCAGGGACGGGGCCGUGAAUUUUCUUCGACAUUACGGCUAUCUCGAGAGUACCGCGGAUCGAUCCCUAAUAACGAACGACGAGCUGCGUCACGCGAUUUCGCUGUUUCCAGAGUACUACCACCUUCCGGUCGACGAUACGCUGAACAAUGCGACGCUUCAUUAUAUGGCUAGACCACGCUGCGGGGUGAGCGACGCGCCGAGUCGCCGGCUCGGCGUCGCGCCGUUGCGGUGGCCGAGGCUGAAUCUCACGUGGAACUUCCAACUCGCGGAUCGGACUACCCUGCGAACGGCUGAGACCGCCUUCGCUAUCUGGGCCGCGAACUCGUCGCUGACGUUCUCGCGCGACACGAACAAGCCUGACAUCAUCAUAGCGUUCCGCGAGGGUAGGCACACGAUGCUGGACCGUAGGUACGGCGGCGCCGUUUGUCCCGAUGACCUCGAUGGACCGGGCAAGGUGCUCGCUCACGCGACGUUACCAACAGGGGCCCGGGACGACGUGUCGGAGGUGCACAUAGACCACCGUGAGGCGUGGCACAUCGCGCUGACCCCCAAUCCGCAGAAUUCGCAUCAUCUGCUGCGAAAGCUCGUUCACGAGAUCGGUCACUCGUUGGGGCUGUCGCACACCACGGACGAGAACUCGCUUAUGUACGCGUACUCACCCGCCGUGGACUGGCCGGUGGUGCUCGGUAUGGAGGACGUUCUCGCCGUGCGGAAUCUCUACGGCGCCGCGAAGGACGAGCCGUCGACCGCGGUGCCCGCCGAGCCUACGGUCGUACAAACGACUACGACGCCGGCGACUACGACGACGGCAUCGCCGGAACCGCCCGAUCCGUGCACCUGGCGCGACAUCGACACCCUGCUCGUGCUGGGAAAGCGCUUGUUCAUCACGCAAGGGUAG